UUCGGUGGAAGAGAAGGGGGAGUGCUUGGCAGGUGGUCGGGAGCAGGAUGGCAGCGGCAGCAAUUCGGGGUUCCCAGGGAGGGCAGCGCCUCUGGCUCGGGAUCCCUGGGAAGGUGAAGCUCAGUUGGCAUUCCUUAUCCUUUUUCUCAUCAUCUUCAGUGCCAACAACCAAACUAUUCAUUGAUGGCAAGUUUGUUGAGUCCAAAAGUAAUGAAUGGAUUGAUAUCCACAACCCAGCCACCAAUGAAGUGGUUGGUCGUGUCCCCAAAGCCACACAGAGUGAGAUGGAAGCAGCUGUGGCUUCGUGCAAAAAAUCCUUACGAAACUGGUCUGAGACGUCCAUUCUGAGCAGACAGCAAGUCUUCUUGCGAUACCAGCAGCUCAUCAAAGACAAUCUGAAAGAAAUUUCAAAACUCAUCACCUUGGAGCAAGGGAAGACCCUGGCUGAUGCUGAGGGAGAUGUGUUCCGAGGCCUCCAGGUCGUUGAACAUGCUUGCAGUGUGACGUCCCUCAUGCUGGGUGAGACCCUUCCCUCCAUCACUAAAGAUAUGGAUACUUAUACCUAUCGCUUGCCUCUGGGAGUAUGUGCCGGUAUUGCACCCUUCAAUUUCCCAGCCAUGAUUCCUCUUUGGAUGUAUCCCAUGGCCAUGGUGUGCGGCAACACUUUCUUGAUGAAGCCUUCGGAACGUGUGCCAGGAGCCCUCAUGUUUCUUGCCAAGCUGUUGCAGGAUGCCGGUGCCCCAGAUGGAACACUGAACAUUAUCCACGGGCAACAUGAAGCUGUGAGUUUUAUUUGUGACCAUCCUGAUAUCAAAGCCAUCAGUUUUGUGGGAUCUAACCAGGCUGGAGAAUAUAUCUAUGAAAGGGGUUCCAAGAACGGCAAGAGAGUCCAGGCCAAUAUGGGAGCUAAGAACCAUGGAGUGGUGAUGCCAGAUGCCAAUAAAGAGAACACCUUGAAUCAGUUGGUGGGAGCAGCUUUCGGAGCAGCUGGACAACGUUGUAUGGCAUUAUCUACAGCAGUAUUGGUGGGAGAGGCUCAGAAAUGGCUGCCAGAACUUGUAGAGAGAGCCAAGAACCUGAGAGUUAAUGCAGGAGACCAACCUGGAGCAGAUCUUGGGCCUUUGAUCAGCCCUCGGGCCAAGGAACGUGUCUGUCAACUCAUUGACAGUGGUGUGAAGGAAGGUGCUGACAUUCUUCUUGAUGGACGAAAUGUUAGAGUGAAAGGCUUUGAAAAUGGCAAUUUUGUUGGACCGACUAUACUGGCUAAAGUGAAGCCUAACAUGACCUGCUAUAAGGAGGAAAUUUUUGGACCAGUUCUAGUGGUCCUUGAAGCGGAUACUCUGGAUGAAGCAAUCAACAUCAUAAAUAAGAAUCCCUAUGGGAAUGGAACUGCAAUUUUUACCACUAAUGGAGCCACUGCUCGGAAGUACUCCCAUUUAGUAGAUGUUGGGCAGGUUGGUGUGAAUGUUCCAAUUCCGGUGCCUUUACCAAUGUUCUCCUUCACUGGCUCUCGUGGAUCCUUCAGAGGAGAUACCAAUUUCUACGGGAAGCAGGGUGUGCAGUUUUACACACAGUUGAAGACAAUCACAUCUCAAUGGAAAGAAGAAGAUGCCACUGUUGCUAGGCCUGCUGUAGUUAUGCCAACCAUGGGGAACUAAAGCAGCUUCUUCCACUGGCUACAAAGAUACUGUUGAGACUAUUCUUUGCCUACUACAGUACACGCUACGCCCAGAAAUUCUUUAAUGCUAGUGUUGCCCUUUUUGUUUCAGGACUUUCAUUUCUAAUCAGGUUGGCUAUGGGCCUUUUUAACUCCAGGCUGAGAUUUUUUUCAUCUAUGUAUUAGCUAACUAAGCUUCAUUUUUGUAUGAAUUUCUCUUGUAAAGAAAACACUGUACUGUGAGCAGUUAAACAAAAGUAGGAUCAGCUUUUUCUGUCCACUUCAUUUCACAGUAUUAAAAUCAAAGCUCUGUUUGGCAUGGAAUGUUACUAUUUUGUGCCAGUUAAUUCAGAUGCUGCUACCACUCUACAUCUGUUGUCCUUCUACUGUAAAAUUCCAACUCAUCUUUUUGUCCUUUAGAACAGAGCAAUACAUUUUGUGAAAGGCAAAUCUGAACAGCGUUAGAUUUAAUGAAGUAGUCAUCAGGAAUUGAACACAUAGAAAAUAGGUGUUUGAGAGCGCAAUGAGGAGUCUGUGAUACCUUGCCUUCACUUGGAAAUUCAGUCCCAUUGUGCCUGUAAGCAAAGUGAUAACCUGAUUUCAAAAUAAAUGCCUUCUGCCUUUCAAAUCCACAUUGCCUACACUAAUAUUCUUACAGCCACAAUGCUGUAUGAUUGUUUCUGCUUUUCAGUGCUACUAAAUCCUCCCAGAACCAAUGGCUUGCCCCCUUAAAAUAUUCUUUAAUAGUCAGUGUUGAGAUUUACUUUCCAUUGCUCAACCAAAUGUAAGUGGAGAGCUUCCUGUAAUUGUAGGCUGUCUAGGACAAGUUCCAGGUAUGUCUUUUAACCUACAUGCUAUAUGUGUAUGUUAGUUUGCAGAUGGAGGACUUGGAUUGCAUAGUGCAGUGUAGUGUACACAGGUUAAGUUGUAACUGGUGCAGCCAUGGGAUGAUGUAGUUUUUGGCUUCUUAAUGUUGCUGAUAUAGCAAUGACAACUUACUGAAAGUACUUCCUUAAAACUGAAAAUCAUGCUGCUGGUUUUGCCUAAUCUGACAUUGGAUGAACUUAUUCUGUUUUGCAACUAGCAAGCACAAAACAAAAUAAUUGGUUACAAUGGGUUUUCAUUUGUAUAGUAGAAGGGGUUUCUGAUAAUCAAGUUAAUCAUGAAUAAAGUUAUUAAAUUCAGAA